AUGCUAACUCUCUGGGCAGCAAUCUUGCUCCUCUCCCACGCAAUUCGAGACCCCUCUGUGAAUGGGGCACUCCGCCAAGUCACCCCCAGCCCUGGGCAGAAGAAGAUGAGCACCACGGGCAGCCAGGGCACCGCUCUGCCCAUUCCCACAUCUCCUACCCCCUUCACCUCCAGGAUGAACCAGGUGAGAGGCACGGCCAGCACAAAGCCCACCUCACCUGCCCACGUGAAGACCACCUUUCCCUACCAGAGGGAAGAUCUGGAAGGACCUCUUUCCAAGAAGCAGCAGUUCUCCACACCUGGUAAGAAAGGUGUGAAAAACAAUGUCCGCAUCAAAGUCAUCAAGAAGAAGGUCUUGAAGAAGAAAGCAAAGCCUUCCGUCCACGAACCGGUGGCAAAACAGGAGCCACAAUGCCCCCCAUUGGGGCUUGAAUCUCUACGAGUGCGAGACUCACAGCUCCGAGCUUCCAGCAUCAAGCGCCACGGCCUGGGGGCCCACCGGGGUCGCCUCAACAUACAGUCUGGCAUCAACGACGGUGACUUCUACGAUGGUGGUUGGUGUGCAGGCCACAAAGACAGGAGCCAGUGGCUGGAGAUCGAUACCAGGCGGAUGACACGCUUCACGGGGGUCAUCACGCAAGGGCUGAACUCCAUCUGGACUUAUGACUGGGUGACUUCCUACAAGGUCCAGUUCAGCAACGACACCCACACGUGGCAGCCGUGCAAGAACGGGAGCCAGGAAAUGAUAUUCCCCGGGAACAAGGACCCUGAGACUCCAGUCCUCAACCUCUUCCCUGACCCGGUGGUGGCUCGAUACAUCCGCAUCAAUCCUCAGACGUGGUUUGAGAACGGCACCAUCUGCCUGAGGGCGGAGGUCCUUGGCUGCACCUUGCCAGACCCCAACAACAUCUACUAUUGGGAUGACGCACCAGUGACAAAAGAUAAGUUGGAUUUUAGACACCACAACUACAAGGAAAUGAGAAAGCUCAUGAAGAAAGUGAACGAUGCCUGCCCUAACAUCACCCGGAUCUACAGCAUCGGGAAGAGCUACCGGGGUUUGAAAAUGUACGUCAUGGAGAUAUCCGAUGACCCUGGGCACCACGAAGUGGGGGAGCCUGAGUUCCGCUACGUGGCUGGGAUGCACGGGAACGAGGCUCUGGGCCGGGAGCUGCUGCUCAACCUGAUGGAGUACCUGUGCCAGGAGUUCCAAAAGGGCAACCCGCGGGUCGUCCGGCUCGUGACCGAGACCCGCAUCCACCUGCUGCCCUCCAUGAACCCAGAUGGCUACGAGACGGCCUACAAGCUGGGCUCCGAGCUGUCCGGCUGGGCAUCGGGCCGGUGGACUUACGAAGGCUUUGACCUCAACCACAACUUUGCCGACCUCAACACGGCCCUGUGGGAUGCUGAGGACAGCGAGCUGGUGCCCCACAAGUUCCCCAAUCACUACAUCCCCAUUCCGGAGGCUUACACCUUUCCCAAUGCGACGGUCGCCCCCGAAACCCGGGCGGUCAUCAGCUGGAUGCAACGCUACCCUUUCGUGCUCAGUGCCAACUUGCAUGGGGGCGAGCUGGUGGUGUCAUACCCCUUCGACAUGACCCGCACCUACUGGAAAGCCCAGGAGCUGACGCCCACAGCCGACGACCCCGUCUUCCGCUGGCUGGCCACCGUCUACGCCACCUCCAACCUGGUCAUGCUGGACGACGACCGACGGCUCUGCCACUACGACGACUUCAUGCGGGAGGGCAACAUCAUCAAUGGGGCCAACUGGCACACCGUGCCGGGAAGCAUGAAUGACUUCAGCUACCUUCACACCAAUUGCUUCGAGAUCACCAUCGAAUUGUCCUGCGAUAAAUUCCCGCACGAGUCGGAGCUGCCCCAAGAAUGGGAGAACAACAAGGAAUCCUUGCUGGUCUACAUGGAGCAGGUCCGCAGGGGCAUUAAAGGCAUAGUUCGAGACAAAGACACCGAACAAGGAAUCGCAGACGCCAUCAUUUCUGUGGACGGCAUCAACCACGACAUCAGGACAGCUUUCGACGGGGACUACUGGCGCCUGCUAAACCCCGGGGAGUACGACGUCACGGCGGCGGCCGAGGGCUACCACUCCGUCACCAAGAGCUGCCGCGUCUCUUACGAGGACAACCCCACCAUCUGCGACUUCCGUCUGACGAAGACCCCCAAGCAACGGCUGAGGGAGAUCUUAGCCAAAGGGGGCAAGAUCCCCAAGGAUCUCGCCCUGCGCCUCCGCAUGCUGCGGCUCCGCAAACUGCGAUCCCAGCGGAGGGCCCAGUGAGAGGGGGCCGUUUCCACGCACGUCGACGAUUCUGGCAACCCCUUGACCGCCCCCCCCCCCGACAUCCUUCUCUUAAGCAGCUUCCUUCCUCUUGCAAGACUUUACGGUUUUAAGUCGGGGGCCCCCAGCUUUUGGAACUCUGACACGGUGAGGUGAGCGCAGCCGCCACGUGGCUGCCCCAGGAGGCGGAGCUAGCCGCAAAAUGGCCGCCCCAGCUGACCUUCAGUCACGGGACGACGAUACUUGGGCUGUGGUGGCAGCUGCCGCCAAAGCACAGCCAAUCACAUCUCCUGUGGCCAAUCAGAAGCCUUGCAUGGGAAAAGCCCCACCCAUGUUCUAAAAAUUAUUGGUGGGUGUCAGGAAAGGUGUUGGUGGGUGCCGCAAAGGAGGCCUCCCAUUGGAGACUCCUGUUCUGGGUACUGUGUUAUUUCUAGGGAGAGAAAGUACAUAUAUAAUUUCUGGUUGAGCGGGGGUGGGUGGGAAACAUAUCAGGUCCUAAUUUGGUGUAGGGGUUAAGUGCGCGGACACUUAUCUGGGAGACCCAGGUUUGGUUCCCCACUGCUCCACUUGCACCUGCUGGAAUGGCCUUGGGUCAGCCGUAGCUCUGGCAGAGUUAUCCUUGAAAGGGCAGCUUCCGGGAGAGCUCUCUCAGCCCCACUCACCUCACAGGAUGUCUGUUGUGGGGGAGGAAGGAAAAGGAGAUGGUGAGCCGCUCUGAGACUCUUCGGAGUGGAGGGCGGGAUAUAAAUCCAUCAUCAUCAUCAUCAUCCAGUGCUCUUCCCUUUUCAGUUGGUCCAUAGCAGCGUUGCCCAGGGAGACCAGAUUAGAGCUGUCUCUCCGCAGCCCUCUUCCACCUACAGGCCUAGAACAUCCCACUUAUGCAUAAAAUAUUAAAUGCCUAAAGAAAAUCAAUGGGGGUUAGAACCAGUUUGGUGUAGUGGUUAAGUGCGCAGACUCUUAUUUGGGAGAUCCGGGUUGGAUACCCACUCCUCCACUUGCAGCUGCUGGAAUGGCCUUGGGUCAGCCAGAGCUCUCUUAUCUGGGAGAACCGGGUUGGAUUCCCCACUCCUCCACUUGCAGCUGCUGGAAUGGCCUUGGGUCAGCCAUAGCUCUCGCAGGAGUUGUCCUUGAAAGGGCAGCUGCUGCGAGAGUCCUCUAACCCCCACCCACCUCAAAGGGUGUGUGUUGUAUGUGUGGGGGAAGGAAAAGGAGAUUGCGAGCUGCUCUGAGAUUCGGAGCUUAGGGCAGAAUAUGAAUGCAAUAUCUUCUACCUUCAUCGAAUAAACCCACAACGCAAUUGAGGGCUGAAGCCCACUGAAAGGUCCAGCACCACCAUCUUCAGCCCCCCCACGGCACUAAAAUUGGUGAUCAUGGCUUCCAACGGGGAUGUGGGGUCCCACUUCUGAGGGCAGGCUCCCAUAGCUUUCAUUCUGGAACUGGAUUUCACGUGGACCUCCCUCAAGGAACUGUUCGCCUGCGUGGCUCACACUCCUAUUUCUGAGAAAUCCUCAACCAGAACCUUUGGCAGACAUUCUCUCGAUCCAAGAAGAACAGGGCCGUAGCUGAAUGCCUACAACUCUCCUGCAUUAGUCCCAGAGUUGGUGGGAAACCUCCUGCCCCCAAGUGAGAGAGUCCAAGAUGGCAACCGCCAAUUCCAAAAUGGCGACGGCCAGGGACAAGGCAAGAGGCAGGCUGGGCCUUUGGAACAGGCAUUUUAUACAACAGCCAGCAUCGCCUUCUUUGUAGGGCUGCCCGCUCUGGCCUGAAAGACCCCUGGAGAUUUGAGGGCAAAGCUUGAGGAUGGAGGAUUUGGGGAGGGAUUUUCACCUAGAACCCAAAGCAUUCCAUAGACCCUUCCCUCCCCAAAGCGCCAUUUUCUCCAGCGGAACUGCUGCCUCUAGUACCUGGUUUGCUCUAAAACAAAAGCUGAAAUCUAAAAAACAACUGCGUCAAAAAUACAAGAUACAAUUUAACAAAUUUACAAAAAAUCUAUAUAUCAAAUUGUGCAAAAGCAUCCAAAAUACAUUCCCAAGACGUAAAUCACACAGAGAGCAUAAGGUCCCAAGCAAAAACACAGUUCCUAAGGAUGACUCCGGAAAAUUCCAAAAAGUCUAUAAGGAGUAUUACUCAGAAGUAAAUUCCAAACGGAGUCCUUCCACUGCUGUCGGCUCCCGAAGGAGAGAAUCUUGCCUUCACGCAACCACCGGCUUAAAUCGCAUUCCGCUGCAUUUGCAGCUUCUUCGCAAGCCAACUGACAAGGCCCUCAGACCGGCUUCUCUCCAACGCCCAUAUUGUAUAUUUCAAUCGACGGCUUCAAUACAAUUUUCCAGAGUCAUCCUUGGGAACUGUGUUUCUGCUUGGGGCUUUAUGCUCUCUCUGUGCACAAUUUAAUCUAGAGAUUUUUUGUAAAUUUGCUAAAUCGCAUCUUGUAGUUUUGACACAGUUGUUUUCAAGAUUUCUGUUUAUACUGUGUUGCCAUUGUUUACUCUGUGCGACUUUGUCCUAAAACAAAUGCUGGCAUUGAAGCGCCCUUGCUAGCCAAGUGGCCGUUCACGUGGAAAUAUAUCAAAUAAACUUUUGGCUAUUUAACCU